CCAGUCGCCAGCCGGCUGCUGUGCUGGCUUCGAAGCUGAGCCGCGCCAAGCGGUUGGGCUGCCCGGGACGGAGCCAUGAAGCUGUACAGCCUCAGCGUCCUGUACAAAAGCGAGCCUAAGGCAGUGCUGCUCCAAGCCGCGUACGAUGUGUCCUCCUUCAGCUUCUUCCAGAGGUCCAGUGUUCAGGAAUUCAUGACCUUCACAAGUCAACUGAUUGUGGAGCGCUCGGCAAAAGGCAGCAGAGCUUCUGUCAAACAGCAAGAGUAUCUGUGCCAUGUCUACGUCAGGAACGAUGCUCUUGCGGGUGUGGUCAUUGCGGACAGCGAAUAUCCAUCCCGGGUGGCCUUUUCCUUGCUGGAGAAGGUCCUAGAUGAAUUUUCCCAGAAGGUCGACAGGAUAGAUUGGCCUGUAGGAUCGCCUGCCACUAUCCAUUACUCGGCCCUGGAGGAUCACCUCAGUAGAUACCAGAACCCCCGAGAAGCUGACCCCAUGAGUAAAGUGCAAGCUGAGCUAGACGAGACCAAGAUCAUUCUGCACAACACCAUGGAGUCUCUGCUGGAGCGAGGUGAGAAGCUUGAUGACUUGGUGUCCAAAUCGGAAGUCCUGGGAACGCAGUCGAAAGCCUUCUAUAAAACUGCCCGGAAACAAAACUCGUGCUGUGCAGUCAUGUGACGUAGCCCGUGGAGGCCGAACCAUCACCCUCACUUGCAUCAGAACUGCAGCUGCUGGAGAAGAUGCCCUAAGAGGACCUGGGGCUGAGAAGACUGGUCAUUUUUACACUAAGUUCCCAGGAGGAACUGAGGGAUGGUGGAAGGGUGGGGAACAUCCAAAUUCAUGUCUGUUGUGAAUUUUGCAAAGAAUUUGAGGCCCCCCCAAAGGUGUAUUUUUGGGAAAAUGAAGCUAUAAACUCUGA